AUGGCUUCUAAUAAGGACAGAAAAAAAAACAAAAAGUCGACCAACAUUGACGAAAUUUCUGAGGCUCAACUUUUAUUUCCAGAGGAAAUAGAUGAAACUGAUGUUUUGGAUCUUAACUUAUAUUCGGACAUCAAUGAUGACUUUUUUAAUGAAGCAAACCGGGUGGUACAGUUUCUAAUGGAAGCUAAAAGACAUUUUGAAGCAUCGCGCAUUAAGCGAUAUAGUGACAUUAUUUUUAAUCUUCAUCGUCGGUAUGUGGAUGAAGUUAAUGAUAAUGAAGUAUUACGUCCUCAAAUAUUGUCAUCGGAAAACAAGUUACGACUUGCUCUUGAAUUGACGGCAACAUCAGAAGAAGCUAUGCAAAAACUCAAAGAUUCGUUAGGGGAUGCCUGGAAGGAAUCUGACGCAUCAGCUUUACGAGAACAGUUAGUGCAGGAAAAAUUGCAUGAAGUUCUAAUAAAGUGUGAAGGCCUUGCAGACCGAAAUAGCGGGACAACUGAUGACACAGCUGAAUUUGGCCAUCUGGCCAAGUAUAAGAAUAUAAUACUAAGGGAACGGGAUCGGUUAGCUGGAGAAGUUGUGGACUUAGAAAAACGAUUAACCACAAAUCGAUAUUAUUCGGAAAACUUGGAAUAUAUAAUUAGAAACAAUGAAGAUGCUAUGAGCAAAAUGGCUUCUCGAGCUAAAUUUGCAGAGGGCGAACGCCUAAACGUAGAAUCUAAACUAAGAGCCUUGAUGAAGACAAUGGAAGAACAAAAGGAGGCGCAUGGAAAAACUAUGAUGAAACUAGAUAUUGCGAAUAGAGAAUUAUCAGAGACAACUCGUAAACUCAGUCAAAAAAUUUCGGACUAUGACAGACAAAGGGUCCAUUUAGAUAAAUAUAGAAGUGAAGUUAACGCAUUAAAUAAGGCAAUGCACAAAAAUGAAGAUGACAUUGCCGACCUAACUAAAAAUCAAAAAAAUAAUGAGGAAAUGAUAAAGCAGUUAAGAUUGAUUGAAAAAGAAAAAUCAAAUGCCGUUUCCCAAUUAACCAGCAGGCUUAAAAAAUCGAUUGAAGAUCAAAAUAAUGCAACAACAAGAAUGUAUAAACUAAAUAGAAAAGUGAUGAUAUUAAAUAGUGAAAUAUUAAGGCUUAAAAACAACAUUAAUUCUCUGGAGAAGGAUGUCUUGAAUGCAAAUGGACGAACGGAUGAUAUUCGUCGUAUCAAAGAGACAUUGCAACGUGAACGUGAUAGCCUUAGAAGUGAUAUUAUUAAAUUAAAUAACACCAUGGCGGAUUUAAAGCAUGAUAUGAUGUUAAAGGCGAAUAUGAUAAGUUCCUUAAACUUAGAUAUGAACAAACUAAAUGUAAAAUUAGAUGAAGCUUACAUUCUUAAAUCCAAAGCAGAAAAAGAGAGGGAUGAAAUGGCUCAAGAAAUGGAAACCCUUCAUGAACGCAUUGAGAACUACCAAGGUAAGGUUAAAAGCAACUGA